AUGUCUGAUCCACAGCCUGACUUGGCAAGACCAUCGUUUUCUGGGUAUUGGAAACGCUCUAAAGACCAACAAGCGGCCUCGAAUCUCACCUUCGUCUCGAGCAAACUAGGUCAACCAUCAGACAAAGGCGAAAAUGAUCCUCAGACGGAACCUCAAAGUGAGGCCAAGGCCAAAGCGCGCCGACAACAGGUCAGGAAUGCUCAGCGCCAGCAUCGCCAGCGAAAGGCAAACUACACCAAGCAGCUCGAGAAGGACGUUACGAAACUGCGCGACGAUAUCGCUCGCGUCGAGGAGGAGCUUGAGGCUCUGAGACGUCAGAACGGUGUCGUGAAGUCUCAACUUGCUGGUCGGGAAAAUGCUGCCGGGGCUGUUGACGUGGCUCCAUCGACGAACAUCAUGGUGAACAACAUGGCGUUUUCAACGUCCCUCGCGCCGAACUAUACCGUCUCUCUCGACAUGUCUGAGGACCUGGGCACCCCGACGUACCAGAUCAGCCGCCCCUCGUCUUCAUUGCCCGACACGACGAGCAGUAGCCUGGCUAAGUAUUCGCAUGCGACCGAAACCGUGAGUGGCACCACUCCCGCGUCAACGGUGGGCACGAGUGUGGAGGACGUUGCGGCCAUGGAGUCGACGUUGUCGGAGGACCAGAUCGAUCGGGUGAUUAAUUUCAUUCUAGCACUGGAGCAUUGCUGCUGGAAUCACAUUCCACAAACCUGCUUCGAGCACCACCACCACCACCACCAUCACGACUCCCCACAAGAGCCGCCACAUCCCGAAGAGAUGUGCAUGAACAAAGGCCUAAACGGCCACACUCUCAUGGCCACGACCCUCGCGCUGCAAAGCGCGCCAAACACCGUCUUCGAGCACAUGAGCGAAUCCCCAUCCGCUCACCCAUCACCAACAGCCGCAGGAGACCACCAACUAGCCUGGUCCACGCGCGCCCUCACCUUGACAAACCUGCGCCGUCUAGCGCGCACGCUCAAUCCAUCCGACUCCGAGCUGGCGCCGGUGCAAGCCUGGUUCGAGCUCGCGUCGCUGUACGGCGUAGACACCGCGACCAACGCCGCCGUUCUCGAGAACAUCAGGCGCGAGCUCGUCGGGAAGGUGCGCUGCGUAGUCUACGGGGCCGCGGUGAAGCGAGGCGUCUUCGAGGACGCGCUGAAGAAGGUCGUCGGGUUUUUGCCGCGGUCUUGGGAUGGUGCGGGGAUUGCGUACUUGGAUGAGGAGGAGGACGAUAUGGAUGUGAUGAUGAUGAUGAUGGAAAUGGGUGAUGACGAUGAAGGUGAGGAUGAUUACGAUGGGAUGAUGGCUAUGGGAAUGGGAAUGAACAUGGGGAUGGCGAUGGGGAGAGGGAUGGGGAUAGGCCAAGGGGCAGAAGAGGAUAUGAGUGCGAGGGUAUUGAGUCCCCAAGGGAAUUGA